AUGUCUCAUCGUUCAUAAGGUCCUCUUAGAGGGCAACAUUACAGACAAGCUAACUUAACAUAAAUGGGAAUAAAGAUUAUUGAUUAGAAAAGCGAGUCAAUAUAUGUAGACUCUGAAGUAUCUAUUAAGAAACGAAAACAAAAGAACCCUUUGGAGAUUAAUAGGGGCUUAUAUAAAUCAUAAACAUAUAAGGAAAUAUAUAAAUAAGAUUCCUUAAAAGAAAAUGAUAAAUUUGAUUCUCCCUUAGAUUAAUCUGUGAAUUAGCCUCUUUAUGUAACAAAUAAAUUUUCUAGCUCUUUACGCAAAUACAAUGUACAAGGACUUACAAGAAUCUUUAUUCAGAAAUUACUCUAUAAUUUAAGGAUUUCUUAAAAAUAAUAGAAUCUCACAAAGAAAUUUCAAAAAUUCUUAGAGGAUAAGGCAAGUGAUACUAUAAAUGAAGAAUCAGAAGAUAAAGAACCUUUGAAUUGUAAAUUAUUUUUAAAAGAUUCUUAUGAGAGAACUCUUUUGGAUCUAUGUUUAAUAUUGAUCCUAAUCUCAUAUAGUAUUUUGGUGCCUAUCUUUUGUGACAGAAUUGAAUUACUAUUAAUAUUUGGUAAGACUAUAUCGUUAUCAUAGUGUUUUUAUAUUCAAUUUUUAAAGUAAUCGAUUACAAAACAUGUUGCUUUAUAGAUUUACCAAUAAUUAGUAUUAACAUAUUGGCAUUAUACUAAACUCAUUUUGUUUUUGCAAAUAUAAUAAAUGUGAUUAAACUCUAUUAAUUAUUGAAAUCAAUUAAUAUUUUGACUGAAAAAAAAUUGAUUCGGUUAUUAUUUUCAAUAUUAAUAAUAAUAAUACAUGUAAAUAAUAGUGCACUUUUUUGGAGAAAUUUAUUAAAUGAUGAUGAUUUAGAUUAUAAACAUUUGUUAAGUGAGUAAAUUACUUUAUUAUUUAAUUUUGAAUUCUAAAUAUAGGAUUAAAAUUAUUAAAUUUAUAAUUCAGUGAAUAGAAUUUUGAGUUUUUUAGUAGUAUUGUAUUUUUCACAAUAAUUCCUUAAUUUUAUUAGACUUCCAAGUGAUUUAAAAAAAAAAGAGGAACUAUUUGAAUAGUUAUUAAGAAAAAAUACAAUGAGUAAAUAACCAUUCAGAAUAUAACAUUAAGUUAGAUAAUUAUUAUGGUCAAAGGUUUAGAAUUAUAAACAAGUAGAUUCACAUCCUAGUUAAUUAGAAUUGAAUUUUCCAAAUGAAUUAAGAAGAUCACUUAAUUUACAUAGUUAUUUGGAUAUAAUUUAAAAAUCUUCAUUUAUAAAAUAAUAAUUUAGUCCAUAAUUUUAAUCAAGUUUAUCAGAAUUUGUUAAAGAAUAAACUGUAGAAUAAGGUGAAAUAAUUUAAUAAGAGAAUUCAGGUGUUAGUAAAUUGAUAUUCUUAUUAGAAGGAGAAUUAUCAAUUAAAAUUAAUAAUAGAAGAGUUUAAAUCUUAAAAAAAUUUAGUAUUGUAAAUCAAUAUGAAUUUUUUGCUUGUUAAUUAUCACCUUGUAAUAUUGUGGCAAAAUCAAGAUGCAAAAUUAUUGUAAUUGACUAUCAAUAAUUUUAUGAUUUAGUGUGUAUGCAUAAUUAAGAUUUUCAGAUAUACAGAAUGUGGUAUGAUAGAAUGAUUCAUUAAAAUCAAAGAUGUGUAUAUAAAGUAUAAAUAACUAUUUAUAUUAUAGAUUUGCUAUAUAUGUAUGGACCACCAUGAAACAUGUAUGUGUCCUGCAGUAUUUUAUUAACCUAACUAUAAUAAAAUUGUUUCUAAUAGUACAUAUACUAUCCCCAAUUUCAGAUUAAAAUACCAUAGAUUUGAGAAAAAGAGAAUUUCCUCUUUGACUUAAUAAAAUCUAAUUAGUAUCACUGCUGUUAAUUGGGCAUAACAAUUUAAUAUAAUUUCGAAGAAUACAGAUAUGGUAGAUUAAUUUUUAGGUAAGUAGGAUAGAGAAGAAGAAUAUCAAUUAUUUGCAGAUGAAGAUCAUACAUCAAAAUAUUUAACUCAAACUUAUACUCAUUAAUAAAGUAUUAAAUCUCCAAAAACAAAUAAAACUGGGAUUACAGGAAGAGAAAGAGAUCGAGUUCAUACAGAUUCAAAUAUAAAUAGAACUCUAACAAUUAGAACUUUAAAAGCAUCAGAAAAUGGAACCACAAGAUUAAAGCCUAAUAAUAAUGUAAAUAGCAAUAAUGAUUCAAUCGUUGUAAGUAAUUCUCCUUCUCCUUUAUAAUAACCUAAUAAAACUCCUUUGAUGCUAUUUACAAAAGAAUAAAUAAAAAGAUAAUCCAAUAUCAGUAGUAGCUUUACUAUUGAUAGAGGUUAAGAUAAGAAAUCUUCAUUAUAAUCUUAAUAAUAGCCAGUUCAUUCAACAAGCAUACUAUAAAGUAAAGAGAUGGUUCAAUAAUUGUAAAGUAAUUUAGGUAGUCCAAAUAUGUUGAAUACUCAAACUAAAUUAAAUGGUAAUGAUUUAAGUAUAAAUUGGCAUCGCUCUGAUACAUAACCUAUAGUAAUAAUGAUAUUUUAGAUUAGUUUUCGGAUUUGAUUGGUUCAGUUGGUUAGUUAAUAUUAAUUCGAGAUUUUGAAAAUAUGCGGUACUAUGAAUGGUAUUUUCCAAAACACAAUUACAUAGUAGUAAUUGAGAGAUUUAGAAAGUAUUUGAGUAAAAAAUUCAAUAGUAGAUGA